UGCUGAGCGCCGCAGUGCGCAUGCUCAGCGUAGUAGCCGGUCAUGGCGGCGGUGUGUGUUCGUCCAUGAGGUGGGGGGACGCCUGCGAUUCCUGCGGUCUGUGACGGAGCCAUCCGAGAGACACGCUGCCAUGGCUGGAGUGUUUGACAUUGACCUGGACCAGCCGGAGGAGAAUGUCUCCGACGAUGAGAUCGAGGAGGCUUCAAUCAAUGAUAUCAUGGAUCAGUGUAGCGGCUUCGAGUUCAACAUGGACGACUGCGAGAAGAUCGAGAUAUCGGAGGACAACGUCAACCAGGGGACGGAGAACAUCCGGCCGGAGUGCUUCGAGCUGCUGCGGGUCUUGGGGAAAGGUGGUUAUGGAAAGGUUUUCCAAGUCCGAAAAGUUGUUGGCGCUGCAACGGGCAAAAUAUUUGCCAUGAAAGUUUUAAAAAAGGCUAUGAUUGUGCGCAACGCCAAGGACACAGCCCACACCAAGGCGGAGAGGAACAUCCUGGAGGAGGUGAAGCAUCCCUUCAUUGUCGAUCUCAUCUACGCCUUCCAGACAGGAGGGAAGCUGUACCUCAUCCUGGAGUACCUGAGUGGAGGAGAACUCUUCAUGCAGCUGGAGAGGGAGGGCAUCUUCAUGGAAGACACAGCCUGUUUCUACCUGGCAGAGAUCUCCAUGGCUCUGGGCCACCUGCACCAGAAGGGCAUCAUCUACAGAGACCUGAAGCCUGAGAACAUCAUGCUCAACAACCAAGGCCACGUGAAGUUGACAGACUUCGGGCUGUGUAAAGAGUCCAUUCACGACGGCACAGUCACCCACACUUUCUGUGGAACCAUCGAAUACAUGGCUCCAGAGAUCUUGAUGAGAAGCGGACACAACAGAGCAGUGGACUGGUGGAGUCUGGGCGCUCUGAUGUACGACAUGCUCACAGGCGCGCCACCGUUCACAGGUGAGAACCGGAAAAAGACCAUCGACAAGAUCCUGAAGUGCAAGCUCAGCCUCCCGCCCUACCUCACACAAGAAGCUCGAGAUCUGCUGAAACGGUUGUUGAAGAGAAACGCCUCAUCGCGGCUGGGAGCUGGAGCAGGAGACGCCACGGAGGUGCAGGCUCAUCCGUUCUUUCGACACAUCAACUGGGAGGAUCUGCUGGCUCGGAAAGUGGAGCCUCCUUUCAAACCUUUCCUGCAAUCGGCCGAAGAUGUGAGUCAGUUUGACUCGAAGUUCACCAGUCAGACGCCUGUGGACAGCCCUGAUGACUCCACCCUCAGUGAGAGUGCUAAUCAAGCCUUCCUGGGUUUCACGUAUGUCGCUCCAUCAGUCCUGGAUAACAUUAAAGAAAGGUUCUCAUUUGAGCCCAAAACCCGCUCACCUCGACGGAUCCUGGGCAGCCCAAGAACACCUCUCAGUCCAGUCAAAUACGCAGGGGGGGACUGCUGGCCCCGGAGCCCGCUCCUCACUGGCGGAGGAUCAAGCGUCCUCCAGUCUCCUCAGGACCAGGCCAUGGAACUGUCCACCCCAGAGCAGAUGGAUGUCACAAACAGCUCCGAGGUCUCGGCCCCUCUUCCCAUCCGUAAGCCUACAGGCGUCAACCUGGGUCAGAUGAAGCAGCAAGCGUACCCUGUCGCGGCCAAGCGGCCCGAACAUCUACGUAUGAACCUAUGACCCACCGUACCUCUUUAGGAGAGUUUAUUUCCUGACUCUUUUUUUUCUUUCUUUAUUGAUAUUUUUUAAGAAACAAAGCAAAAAGAGAUGGAUGCUAGAGACAAUGAAAAUCUAAAAAUUGCACAUCCGCACACUACAUAUACUGUCACAAGCUGGAGUUUGUGGGUCUGGGACUCGGGCGUGCUGCAGUCGAGAGCUACCAACAACAUCACCAUCUCACCACUUCUCCCCGAUGCCUCAGGUGUGACCUGAAACCCCCUCCCCUCCCCUCCUCCCUCCCUCCCCCUCCUCCUCCCAUUACAAAGUAGACUUCCAAGACUUGAAAUAUAUUGAGGAGCUACAGCCUUUGUGUGAUCGUGAACUCGAAGGUGAUAAAGUAUCACACAGUAUGCAAGCGAUUAAAGCUAAAAUGCAGCCAGUCUACUGUAGGAGAUGACGUCCAAAGUGCUCUGUGCUUUUUAAAUGAAUUCCAGUGAGAAACUGCUUCCAUGGGGAGAUUGUGACAGUAUUUCUUCUUAGACUCAAAUGCUUCCUGGCUCUGAAUGAAAAGAAACGAAUGAGGUUUGUGAUUGAAAAAGAUAAAUCAUCAUCAUCGUGAGCAGUGGAGAAGCGGAGGUUCUGGUACUGAUUAACAUAGGUUCGCAUCUUCUGAUGUUUUAUGAAAUGGCUGCAUUAACUGUGCUAUGGUGAAUCAGAGAACCCAAAUUAAAGGAGAAGAAAAAAACA